AGCUUGAAACUCUGAUUCGGAGCCCAAUUCUCUCAAGUUUUUCUUUCUAAAGGUUUCAAAAAUCAUUCAUAAAACGCAAACAGCUUUCCCUUUUCAAUUUCUCGUCGUUCUUCAUUGCUGUGUUUUAAGGGUUUCUUAGGCUUCUGUAAUUUAAGGAAGCAUCUUUACUGCGCACACACUGAGUUGUUGGUUUCUCGGUGUGGAUAUUUAUUCUCAAGACCUCACCCUUGUCGAUAUUGCUCUGCGUUAUGCUUCUAAGGAAGGAAAUAAAGAAGAGCAAUUAGCAUCCAUCCAGAGAAAACAAACCAGCUAGUCAUGGAAUGUAACAAAGAUAAUGCCUUAAGGGCUAAAGAGAUGGCAGAGAAGAGGUUUUUACAGAAGGACCUUGGUGGUGCGAGACUACUUGCAAUGAAGGCUCAAGCUUUGUAUCCCAACAUUGGUGGUCUACCUCAAUUUCUUGCAACUCUUGAUGUGUAUAUUGCUGCCGAAAAAAGAAUUAGAGGAGAAAUAGAUUGGUACAAGAUCCUUGGUGCACAACCUUUGGCGGAUGAUGAAGCAAUUCGAAAAUGUUAUAGAAAGAUGGCUCUUGCUCUGCACCCAGAUAAAAAUAAGUCAGUGGGUGCAGAUGGGGCAUUUAAUCUUAUCUCUCAAGCUUGGACAGUAUUGUCUGAUAAAGCCAAGAGAACCGAAUUUGAUAGAAAGUACAUGUGGUGGGAUUCGUUAAAAGAAAUUUCUGAUGAGAAACCUACUCCUGCACCGCCUUUGAAACUGCAGACAUUUUGGACUCUGUGCACUUCCUGCAGGACAAAGUUUGAGUACUUAGCUAUGUACAGGAACUGCAAUCUUGCCUGCACCAGCUGCAACAAGUCAUUUUUUGCUUCUGAGAUACCAACCCCGUCUGUAUAUGCAAAUGCUUCAUCCACUUCAAGACCUUCUCAUAUGAAGCAACAUAACUUCAACUCAACCGGAUUGGGAAGAAACUGUCAUGUUUCGAGUAGGACACCGAUGUCUGCUGUCAACUUACCUUUUGGGUCACGUCCUUUUUCCAUGCCUGGUGGCAUUUCCAAUGUACUAUCAUCGGUUUCUAGUGCUUCUGGAGCUCCCGGUGUUUUUAGGAUGCCGUCUGAGAGUUUGAAGAGAAAGCGUGGAGAUUCGACACCUUUCAUGUGGGAAGAGGUGCGCUCGGGGAAAACUCAUGCUCCUGAGACAACUGUUGCUGGUUCAGUUUUUCAGUCUUCUUGUUUUAUGUCAAAUCCUGUUCUAAAAUCUGAUGGGGCAAGGAAGAAAAGGUGCACAGGUGAACAUAAAGCUGAUGGUGAUAGAAGAGACAUGGAAAAUGAAAUGGAAUCAAAAAAGGGUAUAAACUUGACCAAUGAGUUUGGGUCUCGGAAAAAUAGUUUUGAUGCCGGAAAGGUUAGUGCUGCUGGAAACUCCAGAAGAAAUGGUAUUAGGGACAUAUCUCAGCAGCAAAUGAAAAACAUCUUGGCGGAAAAGGCUCGAACAGAGAUUCGCAAGAAGCUUGAUGAGUGGAAGGAGAAUCAAAGAAAGCUUGAUGAGUGGAAGGAGAUUCGUAGAAAGCUUGAUGAACGGUGUGCUUCUUCUGUAUCAAAGAAUACUGAUGCAGAAGUUAGAGCGAAGGACAAAGAAAAGACUAUUAGUGGUGUGAAGCCUGCUGCAAAAAAAAUUGUUGAUUCCAAGACCAACGACAAAUGUACCUCUGCUGAUUCAGAGGUGCCUGGUUCUCUCUUAAUGAGUGUUCCAGACCCAGAUUUCCAUGAUUUUGAUGGAGAUCGAAUUGAGGACACUUUUGAUGAGAACCAGGUGUGGGCUGCAUAUGAUGAUGAAGAUGGCAUGCCGCGCUACUAUGCCUUUAUCCAUUCUGUGAUCUCAAAGAAUCCUUUCCAAAUGAAGAUAAGUUGGCUGAGCUCUAAAACCAAUGAUGAAUUGGCUCCGAUAAAGUGGGUCAGUUCUGGUUUUCCAAAGACCACUGGAGAUCUCCGACUAGGUAAACGUGCAAUCUAUAGUAGUCUCAAUUCUUUCUCUCACAGGGUCAACUGGACAAAAGGUUCAAGAGGACUUGUCCAUAUAUACCCAAAGAAAGGUGAUGUUUGGGCUCUAUAUCGGAACUGGUCCCUUGAUUGGAAUGAAUUUACUAAAGACGAUAUCAUACAUCAAUAUGACAUGGUGGAAGUGCUUGAAGACUACAGUGAAGAGCAUGGUGUGAAUGUUGCUCCACUUCUCAAGGUUGCAGGUUUCAAGACAGUAUUCCGCCAGAAUGCUGAUCCGAGAAAAGUCAGGAACAUUCCGAGGGCAGAGAUGUUUCGUUUUUCACACCAGGUACCUUCAUACUUGCUUACUGGACAAGAAGGUAACAAUGCUCCUAAAGGUUUCUUGGAGCUGGAUCCUGCUUCUACACCUAUGGAACUUCUUCGGUUGAUCACUGAUGCGGAGAUGCAAGAAAUGGAUAUGGAAAUGACGGUCAGAAAUUCUUCAAAAGAUGGAUUGAGGAACAAGAAGCAUUCAAGUAAGGAAGAAGAUUCUGUGGAAGAUGUUCCAAGAAAGGAGGUGGCUGAAGCACAGGCAGGGAAGGUGUGGCCGGAGAAUUUGCUUGUAUAUAGACGGAAGCGUUUUAGGGGAAAGAGCGAGCGGUGAAGUGGCAACUAAUUGUGAAAAACUGAAUUGAAUUGAAGAUAUUUUUUGUGUUCCAUUUAGCCACAGAGUUAGGCUCAAUUUAAAUAGUCAACAAAACCAUAGCUUAUAAUCACCAAUUCAACCUAAGCUAGAGCAGAUUUUAUUGUUUUUGCUGUAUAUUGAUGGUCCUACAAUUUUGGAUUUAGUGGUUGCAUAUGUAGGGCUCAAUGUCAGCGAUUUUCUAGCUUCUACAAACCAAUAAAAUUCAGAAUCAUUUAUUCAUCUCCA